GUUCAGGUUGCAAAAAGUGACAGCAGGAAACGUCAUAGUCGGGGUGACGAUCUCGUCCAGUUUGGUGACGUGGGGGUACUCGAGGUAGAAGUGGAUCCGGUCCACGCACACGAACAACAAGAAGAGCAGCUGAGGAUGCUCUCCAUGGUGCUGAUAUGCCGGAGUGUUCCAAUGGAAGCCUGCAGGUGGCGGCAGAGGGCUGCCGGCUGCCACAUUUCCAUCAACAGAAGAAGAGGUUGGACCACGUGAGAGGUGGGACAUUCCAACAUGGCGAUGUCCGUUAGAGCAGCUCGUCUGUGUCUCCUGGGAGGACGGUCGGUGUUCUGUCAGUCAUCCAGAGGACGGUCGGUGUUCUGUCAGUCAGUAACUCAGAGGAGGUGCUUCAGGUCCACUCCGGCUGCUAGCGGCUUUCAGUUCAAGCUUGAUGAGAGAACAGCCCACAGCAGUCUGGACCUUUUCAAGAAAGACACCGGCGUUAUCUACCGAAUGCUGGGUUUGGACCCCACCCACGUACAGGACAACCCCGAGCGUUUCCGAGACUGGGCGGUCGUGUUUGGCACGGAGAAGAUCAUAAGUGGGCGACACUACUGGGAGGUGACAGUCAAAAAGUCCCAAGAGUUUCGUGUUGGUGUAGCUGAGGCACUGAUGUCCCGGGAGGACUGUAUUGGUACCAACACUUCCUCGUGGGUGUUUGGCUACGCUCAGCGCAAAUGGUUUGCAAUGACCAACAACACAAUGGUCCCUCUGUCACUGGUGGGGAAACCAGACCGUGUAGGCAUCCUGCUCGACUACGAAGCCGGCCUUCUGAGGCUGGUUGACGUUGAGAAUCCCAAGAUUAUUCACACCAUCCGGACCCAAUUCAAGGCUCCUCUCUGCCCGGCAUUUGGACUUUGGAAUGGAGAGCUACUCACACAUUCUGGUCUGGAGGAACCUGAGGGCCUGAAAUGACACUACUCUGCAGAUGACAACAGAAAUUAUUUGGCUCUGAUGGUCAGGAGGUGCUAGCUUGCUUUUUGGUACCAUGACAAUGGUUAUCAAAACAGUAUCCUUAAAAAAUAAAAGUGUCUUUAAAAGAGAGCAAUAGCUUCUUUUGGAAUCUGCUGAAGGUGCAUUAUGGGCAGUUUUCUGUCAGCCACGUAACAAUGCAAGGUCAUACAUGGCACAUAUCAGCUUUACAAUGAAAGCAAAUUUUUUGUUUGUUCUUCAUAUUUGACCUGUGAUGUAAACAGGGUGCAUCAUUAUUUUUAAGACAAACAUUAACUGCUGAGAUUUUCAUUACUUUGUGUUCUGGCAUUAUGGACACACUUUGAUGUAGCGCAACAAACUUUUGGGGUCACAUUUUCAAACUGUAUAGUUUUCUAAACCCACCUACUUCAGUCAGGGUUCAUGGGGGCUGCAGCCUAUCCCUGCAGUCACAAGUCAUGAGGCGGGGUACAUACUGUAUAUUGUUGAAUAAAAUGUUAUUGGGAGCAGAUUUAUCCUCUUUUCCUGUGUUUGCUGCAGAAACUGAGACAGUAUUUUCAUACUGAGGAUGUAGGAGUCAUGUCUAAGGAAUCAUUUCACAGUCUGAUUCAAAAGUAUUUAUGGAGGAAA